UCAUCUUCUCUCUCUUUCUUUUUCUCUCUUUCUUUACUACACACACACGCACAGUGACACACAAACACACCCACACGGCCCUGCUGGGGAAUUCAUGGCCCCAGGCUAACAAAACACAACCCUGUCCAACAGCGGCGGAAAGCCCUGAGAGAAGCUAACACAGCUCAGUUCCCUCGCAGCAGACUAACAGCACGGAGCUCCAUUUAUAAGAAAACACUUUGUGACAGCCAAAAGGCACUUUUCUGAUGGACACUACUGUGAGGAUGGUUUGGAUAUGAUGGUCCCGACCCAGCUUUGACAAUGUAUGAGGUGAUGUCCGGUGACACCUUGUCUUGGAAGGUGCCAAGUCCAAGACAAAGUGGCUUAGAGUCCAACUCCGAAACACACUUCGAAGGGGAUGGAGGGCCUGUCAAGAUCCUCAAAGUGUGCUUCUGUACCAACAACAACCUGGGCAAGAACUUCAAGCUGGUUAAAUGUGACAGCUCCUGGCAAAUACGGGCCAUAAUUCGUUCGAUUCUGAUCAGCGGUCGGCUGGGGCCGAAUGUCAAAGGGGUCGGAUGCUAUGGUCUCCUGCUGAAACACCUGAAGUCAGAAGAACUUCACUGGCUGCAUCCAGAUCUGACUGUCGGGGAGGUGGAAGAACGCUAUGAGAGCCAUCAUGUGGAAGCUGAGUGGAGGUAUGACCUUCGUAUCAGAUACAUUCCUGUCAAUUUCCUGGAAAAAUUCAAAGAUGACAGAUCUACGUUCUUUUAUUUUUACCAGCAGGUACGUAGUGAUUACAUGCAGUAUCACGCCAGUAAGGUCAGCGAUGGGAUGGCGCUGCAGCUCGGCUGUUUGGAAAUCAGGAGGUUCUAUAAGGACAUGAAUGCCAAAGGUCUAGAGAAGAAGUCCAACUUUGAACUGCUAGAAAAAGAAGUGGGCCUGGUUCUUUUCUUUCCUCAACAGCUGAUUAACAGCAUGAAGUCAAAGCAGCUACGGAAGUUGAUUCAGCAAACGUUUCAACAGUACGCAACACUCAAGGAAGACGACUGCAUGGUCAAGUUUUUCGAGACCCUCAAAGAUUUCAUCAGUUAUGAUGAAGAGGUUUUCCCAUGUGAACUAGUGCAAGGUUGGAGUUUGUCAGUAGAGCUGGUCAUCGGUGGGAGAGGAAUUCGUCAGCGCACACAGAAGAAUUCAGCACCUGUUUUUCUAGCCGACUUCAAGCAGAUCAAGAAAAUACAGUGCUUACCUCAGAGCGAUGGCAAGGCUCUCAUUAAUCUUGACAUAGAGGGGGCUAGACAACGCCUAUCGAUCAACGUGGCCACAGUCCCUAUGGCAGAGAACAUGAUGGACCUUAUUGAUGGGUACUGCCGCUUGGAAAGAGACACAGAUGAUACUGUUAUCUACAGACCAAACAAAGAUGCCAACACACGGAGUUCCCUACCUGAUAUUCCUGUAGGCAGCAGAGACACCAGCUCGAUCAGACACAGCAUGGGGUCAGAUAUCUAUUGUGAGAUUCUGGAUGAAAGGCCGAAAUCAGUUGUUAAGUAUGGGAUCAACCGAAAUGACAUCGUACUCGGCCGAAUUCUUGGUGAGGGGUUCUUUGGGGAAGUCUACGUGGGAGUUUACAAAAGCGAUAAUGGCGACAGAGUUAAUGUGGCAGUGAAGACCUGCAAAGACUGUUCACCUGAUGUGAUGGAGAAGUUCAUGAGUGAAGCAGUAAUUAUGAAGAACCUCAAUCAUCAGCACAUCGUCAAACUGAUUGGGAUCAUAGAAGAGGAUCCUGUGUGGAUUGUGAUGGAGCUCUAUGAGUACGGUGAGCUGGGGAACUAUCUGACUCAGAACCAGAACAAGCUGACAAACACAACGCUGGUGCUGUUCAGCCUGCAGAUCUGCAAAGCUCUUGUCUACCUCGAAGGGGUCAACAUGGUUCACAGAGACAUUGCGGUUCGUAACGUGCUAGUCGCCAGUCCAGACUGUGUGAAGCUCGGAGACUUCGGCCUGUCGAGAUACAUUGAGGAUGAAGAAUACUACAAAGCAUCUAUUACUCGGUUGCCUAUCAAGUGGAUGGCCCCAGAAUCGAUCAACUUCAGACGUUUCACAACAGCCAGCGACGUCUGGAUGUUUGCUGUAUGUAUGUGGGAGAUAAUGAGCUUGGGGAAGCAGCCGUUUUUCUGGCUGGAGAACAGAGACGUAAUCAACCAACUGGAGCAGGGAAUCCGGUUGCCCAAGCCAGAGAACUGCCCUCCUGCCCUCUACUCACUCAUGACCCGCUGCUGGUCCUAUGACCCCAGAGAGAGGCCCAACUUCACCGAGCUGGUGGUCAAGAUCAGCGAUGUCCACAAGAUGGAGAAGGAACAGGAAGUGGAGAGAGAAAGGGACAGAGCUCGCUCCACCAAAUUUUUCGAGUCCAAACUCAACUUUAGCGAGCCACCUCCCAAGCCUUCAAGAAUGAAACCAGGGAGGUUUGGAAACACGCUCAGUAUUGGUCUACACAUUCAGCUGAAUGAGGCUUUGUGUGCCAGCUCACCUGAUCUGGCCAGCCCAUGUGAAUAUCAGUCACCCGUUGACUCCAUGAACACACUUGCAUUGCCAGUCAGGUCUCCUCGGCGCCGAAGUAUGGGGGAGGGCGAGUUUCUCCGAGUGGAAGCCACCAGCAGGGAGGACGCCCAGCGCCUGUGGCAGAGGGAGAGGCAGCAGAUGCAGGACAUGCUCCGCCAGCAGAAAGAGCAGAUGAUGGAGGAUGAAAAGUGGCUGGAGAAGGAGGAAAGACUCCUGGACCCCAUGGGACCAGAGGACAUUAACAGCCCAGUGUCCCCUGAACCUGAUGUUCAGAGUGCACCUCCAGAGAAGCCCCCGCGGCUCACAGCACAGCCUGCACCCACAGCUGAGCUGGACCGCUCUGAUGACAAAGUGUAUCAUGCUGUCAUGGGUCUUGUCAAAGUAGUGGUCCAACUCAAGAAUGACAUCACCGAGCUGAAACCAGAACAAUAUAUCACCCUUGUCCAGUCUGUUGGGAUGGCUUUACGAGAUCUGAUCCACAGCGUGGAUGACAUACUGCCCACGUUACACGAGUCUGUCAGGACUGAGAUUGAGGGCACACAGAAAUUGCUAAAUAACGACAUGGCGGAGCUGAUCAGCAAAAUGCGUCUGGCCCAGCAGAAUGCCAUCACCUCUUUGAAGGAGGAGUGCAAGAAACAGAUGCUGGCUGCAGCACACACUUUGGCUAUGGACAGCAAGAACAUGUUGGAUGCUGUGGACCAAGCCAGAGUCAGAGCCAACUUAGCCAAGCCAGUGGCCCCCUAGUGGACUGUAAACUCUCUUAUUCUGGUUGCACAUCAAACAGAAAUAAGACUUUUUUCAUGCCUGUCAGUGAGAAAUGUGCACACAGUUGUAUUUUUUGUAAUCAAACUUACUAAAAGAAGGUUGUGGUGGAGUCAUCAUACCUGUAAAUGUGUGUUGUUAAGUUUUAACAUGAUGCUACAACUCAUUGGAUAUGGACAACUUGGAAAAAAGUGGAUGUAUAAUGAAAUUAAUGAUGGUUCAUUGGCAUCAUAUUGAGGAUGCCGUCAUUUCAGACAUGUUCUUAUUUGUGAUUGUUGAGUUAUUGACUUAAUUAUCUGUUCAGAAACUGAAUUAUCUUUGUAAAUAUAUGAUGUAUGUCUUAUGACUCGUGAUUAUGACCACAUAGAAAAGGAAAAAGGAAAUUGAAACACCAAAUAAAUGUUUACUCUUUUAAACCUGACUGAAAUGUAAAGAUGAUCAAACCAAAAGGUUUGUCAACCACUGAAUUGUUUUAUAUAUAUACACACAGUACAUAUCUCAAGUAACAUAAUGAGUGGUAUAGAUAUUGGAUUAUCAAUAAUUCCGCCAAGUUCAACUUGAAAGAGUCAACGUUUUUUCAAUAUUAUAAAAUAUGAAAUUCCAGCAUGUAAAUCAAGUGAUAUGGAAAUAAAUGUCAUGAGGUAUACUACAUUAA